AUGUCUUCCGCUCCGACCUUCAACAGCGAAACCACGGCUACUCAGGUCGCCGACGCCUUCUCAGAUUCUAUCCGCGGGCGAAACAUCCUCAUUACGGGCGUUGGCCCCAAUGGUCUCGCUGAGACGCUGGUCCACACGCUGGCCGCCCACUCCCCCGCGCUGUUGAUUCUAGCGGGGCGGCAGCCGGCCAAGGUCAGCGCCGUUGCCGACGCCGUCAAGGCCGCGCACCCAGGCACGCAGACGCGCACGCUGCAGCUCGAUCUGGCGUCGCUGGCGUCGGUGCGCGAGGCUGCAGCACACGUCACGGAACCGCUGCACCUCAUCAUCAACAACGCCGGCGUCAUGAACAUCCCCACCCGCACGCUGACGGCCGACGGCUUCGAGAUGCACUUCGCCGUCAACUAUCUGGGCGCCUUCCUGUUCACCAACCUGCUGGUGCCGCGCCUGGUGCAGGGCGCCCGCGUCGUCAUGGUCGUCAGCAACGGCUACGCCCUCUCCCCCGUGCGCUUCAGCGACUACAACUUCGACGGCCGCGAUAGCUUGCCCGACGACGAGCUGCCCAACAAGCAGGCCUGCGAGGCGUUCGGUAUCCCUUACGGCCUCGGCUACGUGCCGCCGCUCGCGUACGGCCAGUCCAAAACCGCCGGCAUCCUGUACACCAAGGAGCUGGCCAAGCGCCUGAAGGCCAGUGGCGUCACCGCGACGUGCGUCAACCCUGGCCCUGUAGACACGGAUCUGUGGCGCCAAAUGCCCAAGGAGGCCGUCGAGCAGAUGUUCGCCGUGCUGCCCAUGCGCUCCAAGGAACAGGGCGUCGCCGACUUUCUCGUGGCUGCAUUACACCCCAACCUUUCAGACGGUGCAUAUGUUGAGAAUUGCCAUGACACCGACGUGAUGCCUUUUGCCAAGGACGAGACGCUUUCUCACAGGCUUUGGGAACUCAGCGAGCAGCUGGUCAAGGAAAAGUUCGACUUUUGA